AUGAACCAAUCUAGUUCAAGCGUUUUUACUAUUGAGGAUAUUCAGAAUGCCAUACCUUCAGCUUGGAAAUAUAAAAUCCUUAAUAAGGUUGAAUUUGGUUCACCACCGAAAUUGGAAGUUUGUAUUAAAGUAGCUUUAUUCUCACCAGAAGAGAUCCAGUCAUGGGUGGAAGCUUUGGAAGAAAAAGUUCAGUGCUGUUACUCUAUUCAAACCACUAGAAAAUGUGCUGGGCAAAAAGUACUAUUUAGAAGACGUUUUCAAUGUCAACACAAAACUCGGGACAAAAAUUUAUACCAUAAUUCCAAAACUGGUUCAAGAAAUACGAACUGUCCAUCGCGCCUAUCUGUUUGCUUGAUGAGGAUACAGAAAAAGUUUCGAGGGAAAGAUCCACCUGAUCCAUCAAUGCCGUGUAUAAUUGACUAUGUGAUUUCACACAAUCAUACACCAGAACUUGCAGUGCGAUUUAGAAGAGUACAUAAAAAUGUACAGGAAAAAAUUAAACAGUUGUUCGCAAUUGGCUACAAUGCGUCAACAGCUUAUGAAUACAUUAAAUUUGAGCUUCAACUUAAUAAUCCUGAAACGUACGAGGAUCUGAUAGUUAACCGUAGUAUUUGUCCAGAUAGAAACUUCUGUCACAGAUGGUAUAACGCUUUCAUAAAGGAACACGGAGCAAUAGAUUUUAAGGACAAGUCAUUUCUUAUUAAGAAAUUGGAAGAAUAUAAUAGGAAAAUGGGUGAAAUGUGUGCUAAAAUUGAGUCCACAGGAGAAGAUUUUAUUAUUGUAUUAUGUCCGCCGCUAUUUAAAAGGAUCCAUGCCCACAUAAAAGCAUCUUCUGAAGUAGUUUUCAUGGCAGCUAUUAAUCCCGCAGAUCAAGAUGGUAGCAAAGCGUUUUUUAUGUUAACUCACAGCGAAUGUGGCACUUUACCACUCGGUAUCAUUUUUACCAGUGUAGAAGACCCUCAACUAGUCAUUACAGGUUUGCAGAUGUUAAAAAGUUUAGUCGGAGUUGCGAUGUUUUAUGGUAAAGAAGAAGGUCCUGGACUAUUUGUUGUGGACGACUGUGAAGCAGAACAAAUUGCUUUAACUACCAUGUGGCCGGAUUCGAAUGUUUUGUUUUGUGGUUUUCAUAUCUUGCAUUCGCUUUGGAGGUACUUAUUAUGUUCUAGGAACGGUAUAGCUAGGAACGAAAGCUUAACGUUUUUUAAGAAAUUUAGGCAGAUUAUGACUGCCCCUACGCAAGAAGAAUGUGAUUCAAUGUAUAAUUCAGCACUGAGUUUAGCGUUAAAUUAUACAGAUUAUUUAAAGAUUUUGCAGGCUUAUUGGGAAAAGAGAGAUAUGUGGACUGUUGGAUACAGAGAUCGUUACCUACAUAAAAAAUAUCAAGAUGUCCUUGCACUAGAUGAUUCCGAAGCAAAUUCAUGUUUAUUAAAUGAAACGUUAUCUCAGGAAUCUUUGCUUCAUACUGAAUAUAAAGAUUUAAUUUCAGUAGAUAAUUCUGAAACAAGUCUUUGCUUAUUAAAAGGGUCAGUUUUUCGUAGAAUGCGUUCGUUUAACGUUAUACAGUUAGUCGAUUUCUUGUUAACGAAAUUUACUGAUUAUUAUACCGAAAGAUUACUUGAUGCGGCAAAUAAUCGGUUGAUACGGAAUAUGUCAAAAAAUAUUCCAAUUUUGAUUGACUUAAAAGAUAUAGAAAAAAAUAAUGGUUAUUUGUAUUUCGUGCCCAGCUUGAAGGCUCUUUCCACAAAUUAUGCCGUUAAUAAGGAAAUUUUGGCUUGUACUUGUUUAAAAAAUACCACUGGCUAUAUUUGCUUUCAUAUUGGCUGGCUUCUGACCAUGUCUAUCCCAAUUCAAGAAAAGAUCGAAGACGCUGGACUUAAAGAGUUAUUUUAUAAAAUCGCCAUAGGAAAAUCACAAGAAGAACAUAUUUUAAUGGAAGAUUUAAAAUUAAAUUCACAAGAAAUGGAAGAAAAAGGAAGAAUGAAUGAAUUCGACGAGGAAGCUUUAAUGCCAGAAUCAGAAGUAAUAGAGCAAAUGAUAAUAGUCGAUGGCAAAGAAGUAAUAAAGCUAGAAAUUGUACCAGAUGAACAAGAGGAAAUGGAAGAUUCAGGUGUCGAAAUGAGAGACGCAAGUGCCUUAAUAACUAGCGAAUCAGAAGCAGUAACAGAGGGCAAAAAGAUAAUUGGUGAACUAUCCAAUUCUUUAACUUCUGUUCUAGAGCAAAAUCCUUUCAAAGUAGUACCCGCGUUACAAAAAUUACUUAUUCAAACUAAUAAUUUGAGUUCGAUACAACAAUUUGUCAUGGCCUGCGAAGCAUAUGCCGAAGUCGAAUGAUAAGAAAAACGAUUUCAUUUAUAAAGUGAUGUCAAAAAUGCAAAAAAGCAGUUUAUCUAGAAGAGCGUAUUCCACGUUAACUGGUGCGCAUGAGGAGGAAAUUCUGAAAACUCUAUAUGAAUACUUUCUU